CAACUCUGGUGUUUGACGUUUUGACGUGGAACUGGCACGAUUGUAGGCCGACACGACAACACGAAACGAAACCAUUCAUUCCAGUGAAAAAUUUCAAGCAGUUUACAGUUUCUAUCAAAUUUAAAAAGUCAUGGACAAAGUUGUUAAGUUCGCUGAGCCAGGGCGCGCUUUCGCCAAGGACUCGAUCCGUCUCGUGAAACGCUGCACCAAGCCCGACCGCAAGGAGUUCCAGAAGAUCGCCAUUGCCACCGCAAUUGGCUUCUGCAUCAUGGGCUUCAUUGGCUUUUUCGUCAAGCUGAUACACAUCCCCAUCAACAACAUUAUUGUGGGAUCGUAAAUGGAGCAGAUUGCGAGGGGCCAGAACAAUAACAAUCAUCAAAAUCAGCAUACAUCAAAUAGAUUUUUUUUCGAUAUAUACAAAACCUAUGUGCAUUCAGCGAAUGUCUUUUCUGAUUUCCCCUUUUCAUACAUGCGAAAGCGAAAGGGUUUAAAAUUUCAUUCAUGUUUCUAUAUUUAAAGGAAUGAUCGAUCGCGUUAGCAAUAAGAACCAAUUGUAAAAAUAAAUGGGUGACAUUUUUUCACCCAAAGCGUGCCCUUUCAUUAAUAAAUGCGAGACACAUUUUCCACUAAUUCAA